AUGAGCUUUGAAGAACGAAAGUCAUUAUAUAAGCCAUUUUCUAUCUAUAAAUAAUAGCUACUUUUGGAGGAAGAAGAUUUCUUAGAAGAUGAGGAUGAUGAAUAAUUUAUGUAGUUCCAAAAUACUUCAAUUAAAGUAAUAGCUGUUAGAGAUAAAAGUCUUAAAGGAAUUUUGAAAUAGAAUAAUAAAAAAGUAGAAAUAUUAAAAUAAAAUGAAUACUUGGUGAUGAAUAUUGUGCAACAAAAAUUCUCCAUUGCAUAAGAAACUACUGUGACUGAGCGAGAAAAAUAAUAACUAGAGAAGAAAAUCGAAGAUCAUCAAUAUGGAAUGGGACUAAAAUUCUUAAAAAAAUAUGGAUUUGAAUGUGGGUCUGGCUUAGGUUUAAAGAAGUAAGGAAUUUUAGAACCAGUUUAGGCAUAAAAAUUAAACAUGUAUGUCAAAUAUUGGUUGUGCAAAUCGGAAAAAAAGAAGAAUAGAGUUGAUUGCAGUCUCUGAUGAUGAGUAAGAUAAAGGGUAGAGCGGUUAUUAAAUAAAAUUUCCUUAGAUAAGUUAGAAAAGUGGUUGAUAUUAAUGAAAUUUUCAAUUUUAAUUAUUUUUUGAUUGACAGUAUAUCGAAAA